AUGGACAUUUCCGUCAUGACUGGCAGGUCUCCCAGGUCAUCCGGUCAAGGGAGACAACAGCAAGACGAAAAUGUUGAUAUGGGCGGCGGGGCACUAGGCAAUCACGUGCGCAGUCAGGUUGACACAUACCCGAGCUACGAGGAGAACGGGAGGUUGUACCAUGGCUUUCGAAGAGGAAUGUACAUGUAUCCUUGCGAUGAGAACGAGCAGGAUCGGCUAGACCUUUUUCACCGGGUGCUCUGCGUGGCCCGCAGGGAGAUACUGCACAGUCCUAAUAUCAAAAUUCCCUCAAGCAUACCGCGCGGCCUAUCUUCAAUUCAUGAUCAGGGACCCCGGAUACUCGACCUCGGUUGCGGAACAGGUAUCUGGGCAAUCGACAUAGCAAAGAAAUACCCUCAUGCAUAUGUGCUUGGAAUCGACCUGGCUCCGAUGCAACCUAGCAACCGACCUCCUAACUGUGAAUUCCAAUCUCCUCGGGACUUCGAGAGUCCAUGGCUACUCGGCGAGAACUCAUGGGAUUUCAUCCAUCUCCAGAUGGGUUGUGGAAGCGUCUCCAACUGGCCCAACUUAUACAACAAGGUCUAUGCGCACCUCAAGCCUGGAACCGGCUAUUUUGAACAGGUCGAGAUCGACUUUGAGCCAUUUUCCGUCAGUGGUACGCCCAACGAGCACCUUAUAGAGUGGUACCGGGCAUUGAAGGUUGCCACCGACAAGGCUAUGAGGCCAAUUGCAUUCAAUCGCAGUAUGAAACACACCCUGAAGGAGGCUGGGUUCGUCGAUGUCAAACAGCAAGUCGAGGGAUUGCCACUCAAUGAGUGGCCAGAAGACCCUACUGAAAAAUUAGUGGGGAAGUGGUACAAUCUCGCAUAUUCAGAGAGUGCACUGACUCUCUUGCAAGGACCGCUCACCCGAAUAAGUGGACUACCACCGGAACGCAUCCAGGAUCUGGCUAAUCGGGCAAUAACUCAAGCAUAUGAUAAGAGGGUUCAGGCAUGGAAUCAUCUCCAGGUUUACACAGCGCGGAAACCAAGGUGA